AUGCUUCGAACAAUGCUCUCCACGUCGCUGCCGCUUCUGACGGCGGCGGCGUAUCUAGACCCCUCGCUGCAACAGCAAAAGCCGUUGCUAGACUCCAAACCAGCGUCCUCCGAUGUGGUCACUCUCACACUGGACCAAAAUCUUCACUACAUCAUCACUACCUCCUCUGGUUAUGUCUGGCCUACCCGUCUCGAUCAUCUCCAAGCCCCGGCAGCUGCAUUCAGCAUCAAAGAGACCGUCCACAACGCCAUCACCAUCAACAUCCCCUCCAAUCCUUCGCUCACGGGUACCGCUACAUUCUUCACUACACCUAAAUCGGAACUAUGGUCCCAGUCUACCAAUCAGUUCACAUGGACCCCACAUCUAACACUGCACUCCGGGGGCAUGCUCGGCGCACGCAUCCCCAUACUAGGCAUUGGCAUCAGGAAGGAUGGUAUGCUUACCAUGCCUGCUCAAUCCGCGACUCUCGAUCUAAGCACACCCUACAUAUACGUCCCGAAGGGUAUCUGGGACGUCUUGCUGCUAGCUACGACUACCGAACAGCAAGCCAGGGACGAAGAGGAGGUGCUGUACGUGGACUGUGGAGCAUUGGACGUUUUCCCUGAUCUUGUUUUCGGAAUGGGACCAAGAGACUGCAGAGGCGAUGAGGAGAUGGUAGUAGACGAGGAGGAGGAUGAGGAUUAUGACGAGGAAGAAGAAGAAUACGGAGAGCUGGUUAUCACACCCGAUCAGUACGUCUUGCAGACCUCAGAAGGGAAAUGCAUGCUUCUGGCUAGGAACGCAGACGCAGACUCUCCUCCUGAUGUACAGGGAACAGUCAGUCUUGGUUGGGCCGCGGUGAGGGGUCGCGAAGUCAUACUGGAUCGGCAUGUUGGACGCAUUGGCUUCGAAAGGCCAGUAUGA